AUGAAAAGCCAAGUUGAUUUUUCUAAUGAUUCCCGGUGGUUUAAUGGUCCAACAUUUCUAUAUGACAGUGAAGAUGAAUGGCCUAAAAAGGUAAAUGUAGCCCAAAAUAUAGGAGAUGUAGAAGAACUUCGUCCAAAAUUUGCUCUAUUGGUAAAUAUUGAUGCAGUUAUUAAUUAUACAAGAUUUUCGUCCUAUUUGAAAUUAAAACGUAUAGUGGCUUGGGUGUUACGUUUUAUAAACCGCUGCAGAAAAGAGAUUGGUCCUGGUGAGGAAAAUGGUUUAACUGCAGACGAGUUAAAAAAUGCUGAAAUAUUGCUCUGCCGUCAAGCUCAACGAGAGCAUUUUUGCCAAGAAAUUGAAAUAAUUGAAAAUGAAGGUAGUUUGCCCAAAAGUAGUGAAUUGUACGCCCUGUGCUCUUAUAUGGAUGAAAAUUCAUUACUUCGUGUCUAUGGUCGUGUUGAUGCUGCUAGCUGGUUACCAUUGGAUAUAAGGCGUCCGAUUAUAUUACCGUCGUUCCAUCCUGUUACCGAGUUGUUUGUGGCCCAUGUACACGAAAAGAUGAAACACCAAAAUUUUGAGUCCACAAUAUAUUUCGUCGUACAUUGCCGGUGCCACCACUUAUGGGGUUCUUUGCCAAAGGACAGGUUGACUCCAUAUAUUCGUCCCUUUUCCUACACAGGUUUGGAUUACUUUGGCCCACUUACUAUUACAAUUGGUCGUCGCCAUGAAAAACGCUGGGUGGCUUUAUUUACUUGCCUGACCAUAAGAGCCAUCCAUUUAGAAGUCGCCUUUGAUUUGUCCACAGAUGCGUGUAUUCUUGCCAUACGCAACUUUAUAAAUAGACGUGGCCUUCCUACAAGACUCAGGAGCGACAAUGGAAAAAAUUUUGUUGGUGCUGAUCAAGUAGCUAAGCGGUUCAGUGAAGUACUUGAUGUGGCUCGUAUUCAAGAUGAAUGCUCUACGAAGGGUAUAGACUGGCAGUUCAAUUGUCCCCACAAUCCUGCGGAAGGGGGUAUAUGGGAACGUAUGGUCCAUUUCCUUAUUGAAGCGGAAAAUAUUGUGAAUUCUCGUCCCUUAACGCACUUGCCCUUGAGCCAUGAAUAUGAGGAACCACUAACGCCGAAUCAUUUUUUGCUGGGUUGCCCUAAUACAUCGCAAACUCCUGCUGGGGAAAUAAAUGUUCAACCAAUGGUCCUGAGAAAGCAGUGGCGCAUUUCCCGUCAGUUACGCGAUCACUUCUGGAAGCGGUGGAUAAGAGAAUAUUUCCCAACGAUGACUAGACGUUCCAAGUGGUGUCAACGUACGAAGCCCAUUGCUGUUGGUGAUUUGGUCCUAAUUUGUGAUCCAGUCGUGUCUCGUAGAGAUUGGAAGCGUGGUAAAGUUGAAGAAGUGCUUAAAGGGAGAGAUGGUGUUAUUCGUCGUGCUAAUAUUCGCACUAGUACUGGAUGUUUAAUGCGCCCUUUCCAAGCUGGCUAUCCUUGA